AUGUCUGGCGGUGACGAGCAGGGUUUCGGUGUCUACCGUGAAUCGCUUCCGUUUGGGCGACAACCAACCGCUCCGUCAUUUAUCCCGCAUGACUUAGAUUCCUCUUUCCCUCCCCAGGCACCCUCACCGUAUGCGUCGGGCUUCGUUCCCCAUAAUCACUCCACUUCCACGAAUCACCGAGCGACCGGCGAUCCAUUGGGAGAUCAUCGAGAGGAGUCCCCCGAUCCUGCAGAUUACUAUCGCCGUGGGGCCCUGUCAACUGCCAAUGUGGAAGAAGAGCUCAACAAUGUAAUAACCGAUAUGGCUGCGGCCGAUUAUUCUGCAAUUGGUGACAAAGUGUCACCCCUGCCAACAAACAUGGAGGAGCUUUCGCGUGCCAGACGCCAAUACCGCUCCACCUCUGACUCCCCAACUUUAGGAGCUCCCGCUGCUAUCCACUCGUUACCCUCGGGCGCAAGACCACGACAGACCUCAUUCAAGGAUUUGGUCAAUAAGUUCAACAGUACCUCCGAUCAACUCCUCCCUCUACCCGCUGCUUCGCGUACCACCUCCAGGACAGCCUCCAGGACCGCGAGCCCUUCUGGUAGUAUUGAUGUGGAGCACAAUCGCAUUCUGCCUCGACGUCGUCAAUUCCGUGAAUCGCUGCCAGCGUCAAUAACAAGUCCUCCUCGUGCACCGGUAGAUUCUACACCAUCUUCACCGGAGACAGACCGCUUCGGUCCACCCUUAAACGUGAACGGUGCUAUCGUCCCGCCGCCUUUGUUCAAACGCGCAUCGGAAUCGCAUGCUAGCCGCCCACGCGUUGGUGAAUUGUCGCCAAUCAACACACAACUCAACAACGGAAUAUUGGCGCGUCUGCAACGUCGCGGGUCGGAUGGAAAUAUUCCAAGCCCAAGCCCAGCCUUUCUUGAUCACACUGAUCAGUUCUCUGCGAAAACACCUCUUACACCAACUGCUUGGUAUCUGGGCCACGUCACUUCUCUGGAGGCCAUCAACGUCGGAGUAAACAACGGCAACCACCGUAGAAUUCAGAGCGACUUGGACCAAAACCCUUCCUCGAAGCCCCUUGCGGAGCCUUGGAAUCCCGAAAUGGCAGUACGCCCCUUGCAGCGGAUGAACCCCAAACAUGGAUCGCCGCCGGACAGCCCAGAUUCCAGAUCUCGCAUUCCUGUCUCCUCGAACCGUCUCGCCACUGCUUCCGGUGCCGAAAGUCUAUCACCGUCCUCUAAUCCGACCUUCAGCAGUCGAUCCGCUGCCAUCCUCUCGCCUCCAAAGGGCAGCAGCCGUCUUCCUAUUCCAUCCCCCAAAUAUAGCCCUCCCCGCAUGCCCCAGGAUGAUCCCGCCUCGUUUGCACCCUCAUCGCGUGGCAGACGAGACUUAGCAACUGGCCAAACCCGCAAUCAAUUAUCCGAAUCCAGCCGACGGCUCCAGGCCUACAUCGCUGCUCCACCGCCCAAGAGCUCACCGCCUCUGCGCAGUUCUCGACCCCGGCAACCCGUUUCACAUGGUGCCUCGGUUUCCCCGCGCUCGAAAAUUGGAGAUAGAGUUUCUUCUCUGCAGAAGCAAGUCGACAAAAGUCCGCGGUCAUCUCAAACGCGACGCAAGUUGCCCGAACUGGGCAACGUGGAUUUCGAGGCUCGCCGUCAACACAUCCAACAGGCCAUUAACAAGAACAAGCAUGAACAGGCAGUCAAGCAUGAACAAGCAGCCGGUUCUCCUACUGAAAUCCGACGCCGUCCUUUGGCACGGAGCGAGACUUCGCAUGAUUCCAAAAUAUCGACAGAUAAAUCUCUCGCUGCGUCUAGCUUGGCUGGGACCAACGCCGAACCAUCCGAUGAAAUGACUACCGUUGUCAAAGAAUCGACUGGUGGUGUCGAUUAUGGAGGAAAUGGACUUCAUGAUGCCCCGAGAUUGCAUCUCAAUACAUCUCUCCCCGAGGCAUCACACACCACCACGGACUCCCCGACUCUUGGUCUCAUGGAGGGGGCAACCUCCACAAACGCAGGCGAAAUACAGCCUGUUAACACCAAUGCAUCUAAUACCGAUGCACCGAAUUCGGCGAUCACGGCAAAUUCCGACAAUACCACAUUUGACCCAGAGCCACAGCCUGGACUACAGCAACCCCCGGCAUGUCGCACCGGACUCUGUUGA